UCUCUCUCUCUCUCUCUCUCUGUCUGUCUGUCUGUCUGUCGUCUCCUGCAGUAACUCUCUCCCGUUUCUCUGCCUCUUCUACCCUCUCUCUCUGUAGUCUCUUGCAGUAACUCUCAGUAACUACUCCCCCCCCUCUUGCUCUCUCCUGGCACAGUCUUUCCAAACUCAUUCCCUCUCUCUGUUUUCUCUUCUUUACACACACCCUCUCUCUCUUCUCUCUCUUCUCUCUUCUCUCUCUUCUCUCUCUUCUCUCUCUCUUCUCUCUCUCUCUGUGUGUCAAGCCAGGUCAGUUUUAGGUGAGGCCGUCCUAAUGAGCCCACAGAGGACCUCUACUGCAAUGUAGUGAUUUAGAAGUUGUACAGUACACACACAUUUCCGUAUUCUGCCUUCUCAUCGAUUUGAGCUGCCAUUGGAGCCCAGUCAGCUAUAACUCAGGCCCAACACUGACACAAUGAGUGCCAGCAAAUAAUAAAGCUGUGUAUCACUGUGCCAGAGUAUUGAUGCUGUGGAUCUCUGUGCCAGAGUAUUGAAGUUGUGUAUCACUGUGCCAGAGUAUUGAUGCUGUGUAUCACUGUGCCAGAGUAUUGAAGCUGUGUAUCACUGUGCCAGAGUAUUGAUGCUGUGUAUCACUGUGCCAGAGUAUUGAAGCUGUGUAUCUCCCUGCCAGAGUAUUGAAGCUGUGUAUCACUGUGCCAGAGUAUUGAAGCUGUGUAUCACUGUGCCAGAGUAUUGAUGCUGUGUAUCACUGUGCCAGAGUACUGAAGCUGUGUAUCACUGUGCCAGAGGGCCAUUCUCUCCCCCCCAGCUGCCAAGAUGAUGAAGGAGUGCCUCCAGUUCUUCAUCGAGCCGGCCCAAAAAAUCAAGAUCCGCCUCAAGGAGUCUCGUAAGAAAGGGACGGAUGAGAAGAAAAAACCUUUAGUGGAGAGUCAGCUGUUCAUAAUGGAACUGGCCAGGGAACUCAACAGACUGUGCCAGAGGUCAAAGGUCUUAGCCCACAUCUGGACAGGUGAAGACAACUGGCCUCCCAGUAUGUGUAGACACUUCAUAGUGGAGUGGGCUGCCGUGCUAGAUAAGAGAGGCCAGCCGAGGAGCACGCAGACAGAGAAGAGGGACUGGAAGACAGGGGGAGAGUACGACAUCGGAACCCACAAACGGGUCAUCAUGGACUGGACACACAAGCUCAGAAACAGACCAGAGCCCAGUAUCUGGCCCGGUGAGCCCGUGUUGAUGAUGUUGGAUGAUCUGGAGAUCCAGUGGAGGAGGGGGCGUCUGCCGAACCUUCUCCCAGCCAUGGAGCUGGUCAUGUGGGUGCUGCUGAGUGCAGACAGCCCUGAUAAGGAGGACGUAACCAAACAGUGGCUGAUCAGAAAACAGAGGAGUCAGAAGAGCGAUGCAGCCCGCUACAUUCCCCACAAUGUAUGGAACUGGAUCUGUGAUGCUGCAGAGGAAGUGACCCUUGACCCCAAGACAGCCAACCCUGACCUCUUCCUCUCUGAUGACGACAAGCGCAUGCGCUGUGGCCUGGAGCGGCGAGACAUCCCUAACUGUAGUCGCCGCUUCGACGGCUGGUGGUUUUGCGCUCUGGGAAACGAGGGCUACAUCUCCGGGCGCCAUUACUGGGAAGUCGAAGUGGGCGACCGGGACUGGCGGCUGGGCGUGGCUAAAGGCUCCGCCCAGAGGAAGGGUUACAGUCCCCUCAACACACAGACGGGCUACCUCACCCUGAGGCUGGAGAGGGGCUCAGACCUCAAGGCGCUGACGGUGCCCUCCACGCCACUGGCCCAGAUGCUGGUCCCCAGGAAGGUAGGGGUCUACCUGGACUAUGAGCAGGGCCAGCUCUCCUUCUACGAUGUGGAGAAGAGGUCCCACAUCUACACGUACAACGAGACCUUCACAGAGAGACUGUUCCCCGUGUUUGGGACUGUAGAUGUGGUGAGGGAUCUGGUGAUCAGGCCGGCACAGACCAGGGAACCAUGCCUCUGCCCUGGACCCUGUCUCUGGUGAUAACGUAUUACAGCGUUCUUCAAACCUGGUCCUGGAGAGCUAGCCUGGAAUCCACACGGAAUAUUCUAAAUGUAGCGAAAUUCAGUGUAAAUUCCAGGCUAGUGGAGUGCAGGCUUUUGUUCUGGUCCAGCACUAUCACACCUGAUUCGAUGGUGUGAUGAUUAGUUCAUUAGUUCAUUCAGGUGUCUUAAAACAAGGCUGGAACAAAUGCAUGCACUCCUUAGGACCUGGGCUGAAGAACAAUUAUUACCUCCUCCCUGUUACACUUUUUAUUACAUUGCCUUCAUGCCACUGUACUUCAAGGUACAAAGGAACUGUAAAAGAACGUGCUGCUCAAAUUACCCAAAGAUCUGACGGAGUUGAUAUUUAGUUCAGCAAGAGCUUGCACACAGAAGACAGACACAGAGAGAGACAGAGACACACAGACAGACAGCCAGACAGCUAUGGUUUACAGUCUAAAGGGACGGUAGAGAGAGUAGCAUGCAGUACUUCAUUCUUCCUCUCUGAUUCUCUUCCUCUCUGAUUCUCUAAUUCUCUUCCUCUCUUAUUCUUUGAUUUUCUGAUCCUCUGAUUCUCUUCCUCUCUGAUUCCACUGUCCAGCUUGCCAGAGUCUCAUAACGUGUUUCAGCAUGUUUUUGGAAGGUACGGUUGAUAUUGACAGUGUGUGUAAUGGUGUGAUAACAAUGCUUUUUUUCAGUCAUCAAUAAAUUAAGACAAAUCUCAAGAAGAUGUUUGUCGGUUUCUCGUCUACGAAGGUGUGGCAUUAGGGUUUCAAAGGCGGGGUAUAUUACUGGUAACUUUCAAAGUCUACCAGUAAACUACCAGCAUUUUUUGUAACUUUCAGGAAUUCAAUGGAAUUUAUCACAUGACAUCUAGUGGCUUUUAUGGGUACUUCAGAUUAUCACAGGUGUCUAAUUAUUUCUGGCCUCUGUGGGGCCUUAUCACAUUGUAAAAUAAUAAAAUAAGAUGAUUGAAAAAAAAAGUAAAAUAUGAAAACAUUAAACUAAAUUACAACCCAUCAAC